AGGCAUGAACGGCGGACUGGAUAAAACCAUGGCCGCCAUGUUGGUGUGAGUUGCAAUAGGUUCAAGGCAGGUUAGAAAACCGUAGGGGCUCCCUAUGUUACGGGACACAGCUCAGGCAGAAAAUCCUUCUUAACACACACAGAGUAAACAACUUAGGUUUUUUUUAAGAGUAAUUUGUUGCAAUAUCAUCUGUCCAGCUCAGCUGUUUGGUUGAAAAAGUAUGUGGGCUAAAAAAUUGGGGAGCCAGUUGGGCAGGCCAACACGGUCUGUAGGGGGAUGGUUGGUCAGCACGAUGUUCAAAACACGCAACCAGGUUCUCGAGGAGGGCGCUGUGCAGCUGUGUAAGAUCCAACCAGGGGACACGGUGCUGGAGCUGGGUCAUGGCCCCGGUCUGGGUCUGGAGUCAGCAGCCAAACUCCUCACCGGGCCUACGGGUCGCAUGAUAGGAGUGGAUUACUCCGAGUACAUGCACCAGAUGGCCAAAGAACGGGUGAAGGAAUUUCUGGAGAAUGGCAAAGUGACCCUCCAUCUCUGUGAUGUUGCCGCGAUGCCUCUGGAAGACCGAAGUGUGGAUAAAGUCUUUCACUGUAACUGCUACUACUUUUGGCCUGACCUCAGGAAGGCAGUCACAGAAAUUCACCGUGUAAUGAAACCGGGAGGACUGAUAGUGACCACAAUGAGGCAUUCCCAUAUAGCUGUUUUAGCAGCUAAGCGCGUGAUGCCAGGGCAGAACUGGCGCCCCGAAGCCUAUAUGGCGGCUCUGAGAGAUUCUGGCUUCACUGACGUCAGGAUGGAAGACACGCAACACAGAAACAUAACCUUUCAGGCUAUUUGUGCCACAGCAUCAACAUGAGACAGUGGGUAAUUCUCUCUGCUUACAUGACUGCUGCACUCAGGAUGAUGAUACAAAGUUCUCAUUGUGUGCCAAUUAAAUGGAUAAACUGCUUUGAUAAGCAAAUAUCUGAUCAAAACUGUGAUUUUCACCCUCUUGCGUAAUGUAAACACUUGGAUUAAAGCAAACUUGGCAUCAGAAAUAUCCUCCUCCA